AUGCGACCUGGUGCUGUUGUGGAGGUCUUGCCAGGACGACAGUUCCCAGCUUUCUCAGAGGGCGACACUGGUGUCGUAAAGCGUGUGGAUUCAGAGGCAGGGACCUGCGAUGUGCUGUUCGAUCACAACAUCGCUGCUGGGCCUUUGCCGGUUGCGACACGGCACGUGACGUUGGCACGUCAGGACGGCAUGGCAGCCGCAGCCAUGGACACCCAGCCCUGCAUGUUGACGCCCUUGGAACCGACCACGCAGCUUGGAGCCACCCAGACUGACGUUCUCGAGGCCCGGCUGGCAGCGCAGCAACAUGCCUUGAACAGUGUCGAGGCCCGCCUUGCUGCUUUCGAGGCCUCCGUUGCAGAUGAGAGCCAGAACUCCUCUGGUCGACUGGUAGCUGCGCGGGUGGCUGCGUUGGAAGCAUCGCAUCAGGCAGAGGUGAACGAACUGAAGCGAAAGUCCGUGAUGAAGAGCAUGAAGGCAAUGAAAAAGACCACCACGAUGAAGAGCAUGAAGGCAAUGAAGAAGAAGGCAGUGAGCAAGAUUGCUAAGGGAAAGUUGGCAAAGGUCGUGGUCUUCAAGGGCAACAAAGAGAAGACUGCAUCUGGGCACAAGAAAUCCGAUCUCAUGAUCAACAAGCGAAACAAGAUUGUGACCAAGAAGCAGAACGCUGCCGGCAAGAAGGCCUUCAAGCACAUCUCUGGCUGGAACACCGCAGUGAUCAAGGCUAGGAAGGAGUUGGGCAUCAAAGGCUUCUGCGCGGUGAACGGAAAGACAGCGCAGGGCAAGGCUCUCUAUGCCAAGGCCAAGGCGAUCUAUGCCGCGUGAAUAGGUGAAAGAUAGGCAGUAGGAGCUUGCGUGGUAGUUCACGGAGCACCAGAUAUGCAUUUAUCUUCACUGCUGGCAGGUUGAGCUCAGCAUGUAUAGCCAUUUCAGCUGAGCAGCAGCAAAUUGUCAGACUUUGCAUCCGCAAAACAUCGGGAUUAAGCAUGGGAAGCUGACAUGAACUCGGAUGUUUUCCCUUUUCAACAUGUUCGGCUGUGGAUUUUCAACACGCAAACUGGAUGGAUUGCAGAUAUACACCUUGCCUUUCUUGGGUGGAUUUGGGUGGGAUGAGAUGAGGUUCCUAUAUAUCAUAAGUCCAAGACAGUCAAAGCGGGGAUCAAUAAACUACCAACAAACCACCAACAAAGCACCAAGUACGAUGCUUUCCGAGUUUAGCGAUUUUAGUGCAAUUGCAUGCAAUUGCAAUGGUGGAUUGUGAUGGAUUGUGA